AUGUGGAAGAGCUGGGUAGAUUCAAUCAAAUAUCUCAGAAUGGGACUCAGAGUGCACAUUGCAGAUGAGAAGACAACAAAGAUUUGGAGGAAUCCAUGGAUACCUACACUUCUUGAAUUCAAAGCAAGAACAUGUGAGCAUAAUGCCAAUGGUCUAGAAUGGGUGAGCCAGUUGAUGAUGAAUGAUGGAAAGGAGUGGAACAACCAACUUAUUGAAAAUAUUUUCUCUAAGGCAAAGGCUGAAGCUAUAUUGAAGAUUCCACUUAAGGACCAUAACAAGGCUGACUCCCUGGUUUGGAAUUUGAAUACUAAGGGAUCAUUUUCUGUAAAGUCAGCCUAUAAUAUGAUCUUAAAGAAGGAGCACACUAGAGAAAUUCAGCCGGAAUGCAGUAGUGGAGCAGGACAACAAUUGAACAUGUGGAAGAGAACUUGGUGUCUUAAGAUAGAACCAGAUGUGGGGUAUGUGAGAAGGAUGAUGAAACAGUUGGGCAUGUUUUUUUCACCUGUAGUAGGGCUAAGAAGAUAUGGAAGUUAUCUCCUUUGUCUUGGGAAGGUUUAUCUAUUGUGGUGGCUCUGGAAAACGAGAAAUUUAUGGGUGUUCGAAAAGAAAUGGUUGGAUGAAGUGGUCGUGGUGAGAAGGGCUAUUAUGGAGUGGCAGGACUCAGCUGGAUCUUAG